CAGCCCGAGGCCACCCCGCCCAGUGGCGGGGCGGGGACUCGACUGAGUCGGCGGAGCCCUCUCUUUUCCCCCGCCCCUCACGGCCCCGCUCUGCCCACCGGAUCCCAUGGCAGCGACCGCGCUGACGGACCCGGAGCAGGGUGGAAUGACCUUCGAGGAUGUUUUCGUGUACUUCUCCCGGGAGGAGUGGGGACUCCUUUGUGAGGCUCAGAGACGCCUGUACCGUGAUGUGAUGCUGGAGAAUUUUGCACUUGUGGCCUCGCUGGGUUGUUGGCGUGAAGCAGAGGAAGACAAGGUGUCUUCUGAGCAGGAUGUUUCUGUAGAAGAGCAUUCACUGGUCAGGACACCUGAGUCAGGUCAAUUCAUCCAGAAGGCCCACCCUUGUGAGAUGUGUGACCCAAUCUUGAAAGACGUUUUGCACCUUGCUGAGCACCAGGGUUCACAACCCAUGCAGAAACCAUACUUACGUGAGCCACGUGGGAGAGAUUUCUCAUUCAGUGAAAACUCUUAUCAGCAGCAGAAGCAACAUAGUGCAGAGACUCCCUUCAGAGAGAAUGAUGGCAUGGCCUCAUUUGUGAAGGAUUGUACAGUUUAUACGUCAGGGAGGCCCCUUAUGUGCAGGGAGGAAGGAAGAGACUUCUCAGAAAGCUCCAGCCUCUGCCAGCACCAGACCACUGACAAUGAGGUAAACCCAUACAGAAGGACCGAGUGCAGGGAGUCCUUACCGCACAGCUACCAUCUUGGGCAACACCAGGGAGAAUAUGCUGGACAGAUCCUUUUCAAGUGCAGUGACUAUGGGGAAGUUUUCCUAAAGACCUUCACUCUCCUUGACAACCAGAUAGCUCAUUCUGAAGGGAAACCCUUUGGAUGCCUAAUGUGUAGAAAUGUCUUCAAGGAGAAAUCAGAUCUUAUUAAACAUAGAAAAACUCACAGUGAAGAAACAUCUCAUGUGUGUAAGGAUUGUGGAAAGGACUUCAUUCACCUGUCCCACCUGAGAAUGCACCAGAAAUUUCACCCUAGGAAAAGAUAUUACACAUGCAGCGAAUGUGGAAAGGCUUUCAGUCGCAAAGACACACUCGUUCAGCACCAGAGAAUUCACACUGGAGAAAGGUCUUUUGACUGCAGCGAAUGUGGAAAAGCCUACAGCAGAAGCUCCCACCUUGUUCAGCACCAGAGAAUUCACACUGGAGAAAGGCCUUAUAAGUGCAGUGAAUGUGGGAAAGCCUUUAGCCGCAAAGACACACUUGUACAGCAUCAGAGAUUUCAUACUGGAGAAAGGCCUUAUGAAUGUAGUGAAUGUGGGAAAUUCUUUAGCCAAAGCUCCCAUCUUAUUGAGCACUGGAGAAUUCACACAGGGGCAAGACCUUACGAAUGCAUUGAAUGUGGGAAGUUCUUUAGCCAUAACUCCAGCCUCAUUAAACAUCGGAGAGUCCACACAGGAGCAAGGUCUUAUGUGUGCAGCAAAUGUGGGAAAGCGUUCGGCUGCAAAGAUACACUUGUUCAGCAUCAGAUAAUUCACACUGGAGCAAGGCCAUAUGAGUGCAGAGAAUGUGGGAAAGCCUUCAGCCGCAAAGACACACUUGUUCAGCACCAGAAAAUACACACUGGAGAAAGGCCUUAUGAGUGUGGUGAAUGUGGGAAAUUCUUUAGCCAUAGCUCCAACCUUAUUGUGCACCAGAGAAUUCACACUGGAGCAAAGCCUUAUGAGUGUAGUGAAUGUGGGAAAUGCUUUAGCCAUAACUCCAGCCUCAUUCUACACCAGAGGGUUCACACUGGUGCAAGACCUUAUGUUUGCAGUGACUGUGGGAAAGCCUACAUCAGUAGCUCCCACCUUGUUCAACACAAGAAAGUUCACACUGGAGCAAGGCCUUACGAGUGCAGUGAAUGUGGAAAAUUCUUUAGCCGCAACUCUAGUCUCAUUUUACACCAGAGAGUUCACACUGGAGAAAAGCCUUACAUAUGCAGUGUAUGUGGGAAAGCCUACAGCAGAAACUCCCAUCUCCUUCGGCACAUGAAAGUUCAUUCUGGAGAAAGACCUACUGAGUGCAAUAAUUUUCAUGACCCUUUAGGUGCAUCUCUUAAAUUUGUUUAGCACCAGAAAGGUCGCACUAGAGAAAGGCCUUAUGCUGUCUCCUCAUUCAACAUAACAGGAUUCACAACAGAGACAAGCUCUGUGAGCAUCCCUUUUGAGGGAGCCAUCAGUCAGCAGGUGAACCUUGUACAUACAUAUGCCAACAUUGAGGAGAGUUCCACUGAGAACCACAUAUAUGGGAAGCUUUUAUGAGGUGAAUUGCAUUUUACAAACUGCUCAGGGCUCUGGACAGUUAUAUCACUGUCACUGCCUGUGGUGGAGGUCAUCUCAUUAACAGCUGUCAGGGUCCCACAGUGUGUAUCCAUCAUCUCAAUAUGCUCAGGAAAGUUAAACCUCUGUGCUCUCUCCUCUUCACUGGAGGGAAUCAUGAGUGUUCUGAGCCCAUUGCGGGGUGGGAGCGGUGUAUUCAUUUCUUUCCUUAUGACUGGUUUCUGAGGCCAUGACCUAGCUCUGACCAAAAAGAUGUGAGCUUGGUUCUUCUGGGGUUUCCACAGGUUUCCCUUCUUCACAGACAAUGCUGAUGGUAUAUGUGAUAGCUGUGAUUUGUCUUGCCUCCAUAUCCCUAGCCUUGGAACUGCCUGCCCCACACUGCUCUGGUUUGUACAGUGACGAAGGUCUUUUAUGUAAGCCUUCACUCUUGGGGGUUCUGUUCACUGUGUGGAAUGGAUUGAAAAAAGAUUGGGUUCUGGCAGCAUGAAGGAGGAAACAUCUUUUGUGGAGUCCCCCAACUUUAUGUAUCUCAGAGGGGAUAGUAGGAUGGCAGAGAAUAGUUUUCAAUCUAGUUUGACUUAAUUUGCAUUUUUGCCCUAAAUCUGCUAGGAAAGACUGAAGAUGUUUGUGUGCCUAAUUCUCUGGCCUCAAUGUCAGGAUUUCCUGUGAGCCCAGAGUUCAUCCUGAGGAAGUGAUAGUGUGACAACCUCCACUGUUUCUGAGAGCAGCACAAGUUGGGCCUCUUGUUCCCAAGAAAUGCCCCACAUUCCCCAGUACUGUUGAUGGAUAGCAGUCUCCUGGAAAUACACAGGAGCCAGUCUGCUGACAGAAUGCAGUAGGCAAGUGUCAUUGGCUCUAAACUACAGGGCAAGGUGGGAAUUAUAGUUGGUACAGAAAUACUAGGUACAGAGAUAUUGAGAUAACGCAGUGGGGAAGACUGGCAAAGGGAGGGUAUGUAUCCAUUUUAAAGGGGUAUCCACAAAUGUCCAUGAAAUUAUGGCUGCAUGGAUAAGUGUUCAAAAAUUCGCCAAAUCUGCAGACCUGUCUGCCAUGGCCAAGGUUACUAUCAGAGCAAAUAAUCCAAAGGUUUCUUGAUUCCUUUAGCCUCCCUGGGCUGUUGACCUUAAGGCCAUUGCUGCACAGGCAGGAACCUCAUGACUGAGAGAAAGAUGCUGUAGUCCAGGGAUGGGAAUUCUCUGACCCGGCCAGCCUUCCUAGUGACUGAGGUGGACAUAGCCUUCACUGCUUUCCAGUUUUAGCUGCCAUUGAUGUGGCCUUCUAAACUGUGGGGAGAGGGAGAUGGUAGAGUCAAAAUAGUUGGCAGAUCUGAUUUUCCAAGAGAAAUGGUAGAUACGGAUUUUUAUAUGGAACAUUUUGUUCUCAACGGUUUUAUUGAGGUACGCUUGAAAUGAAAUAAACCACACAUAUUUAAAGUGUAAAAUUUGACAUACUUUGGCAUAAGUAUAUACCUAUGAAACUAUCACCACAAUCAGUGUAUAUAUCCACCACCCAAAAGAUUCCUCAUGCCCCUUUAUAAUCCCUUCCUCCCAGUCUUUUUUCACCCUCCUCCUCACACUUCACAAGCAAAUGACUGAUUUGCUUUAUCUCAACAUACAUUUUUCUAGAAUUUUAUAUAAAUGGAAUCAUAUAGCAAGUAUUCUUUGGGGGGCUCUGACUUCACUAAGCAUAAAUAUUUUGAGAUUAAUCCAUGUUAUUGCAUGCAUCAAUAGUUUGUUCCUUUUUAUUGCUAUGUAAUAGUCCAUUUUGUGGAUAUACCACAAUUUUUUUAAAAAUCUUUUAUUCAGCUGUUAAUGGUCAUUUGGGUUGUUUUGAAUUUUUGCUAUUUCAAAUAAAGUUGCUGUGAAGAUGAGUGCACAAGUUGUAGAUGGCCAUAUGUUUUAUUUCUCUUGGAUAAAUACCUAGGAAUGGAAUGGUAGAAUCAUAUGGUCAGUGAAUGUUUUAAGUUUUUAAAGAAAGGAAUAUUUGUCCCUUCUCUCUAAUUUAUUUAAUCACUUUGUAUCAUAUGGGCUCAGGGAUAUUUAGUUUAUUCUUCAGGUUGUAAUUCAUUUAUUUUAUUGCCAAGAUUGAAACAGCUAUGGCCAAUUGAACUCUUUUAGAUUGGCUCUUGUGUCCUUUUUAUAUGCUUUUGUCUUAUUUUUCUUCUUUUCUUCUUUUCUUUUUUUCUAUCACUUCUUCACUUUCUUGCACUUCAAGAUGUUUCAGGUUCUUGUAUUACCCUGACCUAAUCCUAGAAUCACCCAUUUCUCUGAAGCGCCCUGGUUCCUUUUAUUAUAGAAUGAAUAUAUAGAAAUCAAGAUUUGUUCACUGAGCAUUCAUAAUUGCUGC